UCGAGCGAGUCCACUAUCCCUAGUUGGACCCAGAGAGCUUGCCUAGUUCCAUGCCAUGUCUAUCAGAUGCCACCCUCAAAUUCUCACUAUCUGCUGGGAAGCAAGUCAAAGCCUUAGCCUAAAUGACCAGCCUCCUACAUGCGGAAUCGAUAGACACCCUGAUACUAAAUGAUCCCAAGGACUGUAUUAGCACCACAUGAGAUAAACUCCGCACCUGGAUAUUUUUCUUAUUCUAACUUUGCAAACAAAACGGUUUCCGUUAUGCCUUGGAAAUGUGGACUCAUUAUUACGCUGUUCCUGGUCCUCUUCACUCUCCACGCCACUGCAAUUAAAGAGAGGAAUAAUCGGGGCUCUUUGCAGAGAGGAGUAAUCGGGACAGAAACAGAAGCCAUCAAUUCUAUGCACUUGGUUGAACUUCUGAAAACGACCAAGCAAAACUCGAAUGUCAGAACGAUAUUUGACCUGGAAAAGCAUCGGAGGAAGCGGGCCGCAGUCUUUCACUCUGGAGUGAGAGUCUGUCCUCAGGAGACCAUCAAUGAGGUCAUUGCCAGCCAUCAAGCCUACUACAGGCUCAGAGUUUGUCAGGAGGCUGUGUGGGAGGCCUUCCGGAUCUUCUUUGACAGGAUCCCUGUCACUACAGAGUACACAACAUGGGUUCACACAUGUCAACACGAGUCUCUGUGUCUCGCUGACCUGGCCACUAACUUCAGCAACUCAGAGGAGCACAUGAGUAUGGUGUACAGGAGGAUGAAUCUGCGAGACGAGAGGCAGUCGACCGGAGCAGAAGCAGCCGCAACCACAGCAGCACCAGAGGUCACUGGGAUAGCAGGUCCAGAAGAGACCCGGACUGCUGCACCAGAACCACCCACUCCCGUGACCAGUGAUUCCAGUGUCCCUGAUGCUCCUGAUGAUACAGUUGAAGAAGAAACCGCUGCUGAGGAGGACUCUGAGCUGCCCAACAUUAUUCCGGAGAACCAUGUCGAGGAGAUAGUGGAGUUCAGCAUUGACCUGGUGGACCCAGGCUACAGGGAACUACUGGAUGACCCUGACUCCCCCCAAUAUGUUGACCUCUCUCAACACCUGCAAGACCAGAUGCUCCAUGUUUUUGACAAGCUCCCAGGAUUUAAAGAGAUCAGUGUUUUGGGAAUCAGCGAGGCCCAUGGGAGUGAAGGACCUGGAGGAGUGACAGUGCACUAUUCUCUGGUCUUUCAGACAAUUUCAGAGGAUGACACAGGGACUCCAGGGUCAACUGUGCCCAGCCUGCGGGAAAUGGUGGCCAAGGCUUUGAGUGAAGAGGCCUCUCUGCCAGUGGAUCUACAGUCAUUAAACUUUGAACCAGUAAAAGGGAUUCCACCAACUACAACACCAGUUGAGGAAGCUGUUGAGGAAACAAUUGAAGAUUCCAUUGAGCCAGCUUUCCACAACGAUCUGGACAUAUCCACAGAUGAGCCAGAGAUUGCCAUGGAGAAGCCUCGUCUGGAUGUUCCACUUGGCCCUGUGGAAAAGGAAAAUGCGCUCAUCACCUUCCUGGACUCUACAGAUAUUCCAGAAAAACAAGAAGAAGCAGCACCACCAGAGAGAGGAGAUGUGCCCUACAUCUACAAGGACACUAGUGAUGAAUUAGUGGAGAGUGAAUCUGAAGCAACAACUGAACCAGAGGAAGAGGUGCCAUUUAUCACACACAUGAUUGAAACCAUUCAAGCCAUUGAUGAGGGAACUGGUGAGCUUGUAAGAGACUAUUUCCCAACCUCUCCUGCCGAGGAAUACCCUGAGCCACCUUUUGGUAAUUUAGUCCCUACUAAUGGGUACCCUGUUUUACCCCAUGUGGAUUUGGAUAUUACCUCCGCCCAUGAAAUAAAAAGUAUAGAAACUAAUGCUCCAGCUAAACUCCUUCCUAACUUGAUAUCAGAGGAGGAGGCUGUUGUUGAGAAGGAGGCUGAGCCUACUCCGACCACUCAGAUUAAGCUUACCACAGUCAUUGCCACUGAGGAAGAGGUAUCUAACCCUGAAUUACCUGUGACGACUCUCUCAGCCAUCACAGAUCAGCCUGCCACUGAAGCAAUAGAGGACUUUGAAGUUGAGGAUGAUAUUAUACAUAUUCCGAUUGAAGGGGAAGAGGUUGAGGAACCAGAACCUGAGGAAGAGGUAGUUGGGAUCUCGGAACCUGAAAAAGCGAUAGUUGUGGAACCAGAACCUGAGGAAGAGGUAUUUGAGGAACCAGAGCCCAAUGAAGACGUAGUUGAAGAUCCAGAACCUGAGGCAGAUGUAGAUGAGGUCAUGGUAGUUAAGAUCUUGGAACCUGAGGAAGAGGGAGUUGAGGUCUCGGAACCCGAGGAAGAGGUAGUUAAGGCACCAGAACCUGAGGAAGAGGUAGUUGAGGAACCAGAGGAAGAGGUAGUUGAGGAACCAGAGGAAGAGGUAGUUGAGGAACCAGAGGAAGAGGUAGUUGAGCUCUUGGAACCCGAGGAAGAGGUAGUUGAGGAACUAGAACCCGAGGAAGAGGUAGUUGAGGAACUAGAACGCGAGGAAGAGGUAGUUGAGGUCUCGGAACCUGAGAAAGAGGUAGUUGUGGAACCAGAAACUGAGGAAGAGGCAUUUGAGGGACCAGAGCCUGAGGAAGAAGUAACUGAGGAACCAGAACUUGAGGAAGAGGUAGUUGAAGAACCGGAGCCCAAGGAAGAUGCAGUUGAGGAACCAGAACCUGAGGUAGAGGUAGAUGAGGUCUUUGUAGUUGAGGUCUUGGAACCUGAGGAAGAUGUAGCUGAGGAACUAGAGCCUGGUGAAAGGGUAGAUGAGGUCUCAGAGCCUGGUGAAAGGGUAGAUGAGGUCUCAGAACCUGAUGAAGAGGUAGGUGAGGUCUUGGAACCUGAGGAAGAAGUAGUUGAGAACUUGGAACCUGAGGAAGAGGUAGCUGAGGAACUAGAGCCUGGUGAAAAGGUAGAUGAGGUCUCAGAACCUGAUGAAGAGGUAGGGGAGGUCUUGGAACCUGAGGAAGAAGUAGUUGAGAACUUGGAACCUGAGGAAGAGGUAGCUGAGGAACUAGAGCCUGGUGAAAAGGUAGAUGAGGUCUCAGAACCUGAUGAAGAGGUAGGUGAGGUCUUGGAACCUGAGGAAGAAGUAGUUGAGAACUUGGAACCUGAGGAAGAGGUAGCUGAGGAACUAGAGCCUGGUGAAAAGGUAGAUGGGGUCUCAGAACCUGAUGAAGAGGUAGGUGAGGUCUUGGAACCUGAGGAAGAAGUAGUUGACGAACCUGAACCUGUGGAAGGGGUAGUUGAGUUGUCAGAACCUGAGAAAGAGGUACUUGAGGAAUUACAAACUGAGGAAGAGGUUGUUGAGGUCUUGGAACAUGAGAAAGAGGUACUUGAGGAAAUAGAACCUGAGGAAGAUGUAGUUGAAGAACCAGAGGAAGAAGUAGUUGAGCUCUUGGAACCUGAGGAAGACGUAGUUGAGGAACUAAAACCUGAGGAAGCGGUAGUUGAGGAACCAAAGCCUGAGGAAAUGGUAGUUGAGGAACCAGAACCUGAAGAAAAUGUAAUUGAGGUUUCGGAACAUGAGGAAAAAGUAGUUGAGAAAACAGAAGAGGUAUUUGAGGAACUAGAACCUGAGGAAGCGGUUGUUGAGGAACUAGAACCUGCGGAAGAGGUAGUUGAAGAACCAGACCCAGAGGAUGAGGUAGUUGCAAAACCAGAACAUGAGGAGGAGGUAAUUGAGGAAUCAGAGCCUGAGGAAGAUAUAGUUGAGGAACCAGAGCCUGAGGAAGAGGUAGUUGACGAACUAAAACCUGAGGAAGAGGUUGUUGAGGAACCGGUAGUUGAGGAACUAGAACCUGCGGAAGAGGUAGUUGAGGAACUAGAACCUGAGGAAGAGGUUGUUGAGGAACCAGAGCCCGAGGAAGAAGUAGUUGAGGUCUCAGAACCUAAGGAAAUGGUAGUUGAGAAACCAGAGGAAGCAGUAGUUGAGGAACCAGAACCUGAGGAAGAGGUAGUUGAAGAACCAGAAACUGAGGAAGAGGUAAUUGAGGUCUUGGAACAUGAGGAAAAGGUAGUUGAUGAACCAGAGGUUGAUGUUGUUGAAGAACCAGCAUAUGAGGAAGAGAUAAUUGAGGAUUCAGAGCCUGAGGAAGACAUAGUUGAGGAACCAGAGCCUGAGGAAGCGGUAGUUGAGGAACUAGAACCUGCGGAAGAGGUAGUUGAGGAACUAGAACCUGAGGAAGAGGUUGUUGAGGAACCAGAGCCUGAGGAAGAAGUAGUUGAGGUCUCAGAACCUAAGGAAAUGGUAGUUGAGAAACCAGAGGAAGCAGUAGUUGAGGAACCAGAACCUGAGGAAGAGGUAGUUGAAGAACCAGAGUUUGAGGUUGUUGAGGAACCAGCAUAUGAGGAAGAGGUAAUUGAGGAAUCAGAGCCUGAGGAAGACAUAGUUGAGGAACCAGAGCCUGAGGAAGCGGUAGUUGAGGAACUAGAACCUGCGGAAGAGGUAGUUGAGGAACUAGAACCUGAGGAAGAAGUAGUUGAGGUCUCAGAACCUAAGGAAAUGGUAGUUGAGAAACCAGAGGAAGCAGUAGUUGAGGAACCAGAACCUGAGGAAGAGGUAGUUGAAGAACCAGAAACUGAGGAAGAGGUAAUUGAGGUCUUGGAACAUGAGGAAAAGGUAGUUGAUGAACCAGAGGUUGAGGUUGUUGAAGAACCAGCAUAUGAGGAAGAGGUAAUUGAGGAAUCAGAGCCUGAGGAAGACAUAGUUGAGGAACCAGAGCCUGAGGAAGCGGUAGUUGAAGAACUAGAACCUGAGGAAGAGGUUGUUGAGGAACUAGAACCUGAGGAAGCGGUAGUUGAGGAACUAGAACCUGAGAAAGCGGUAGUUGAGGAAUUAGAACCUAAGGAAGUGGUAGUUGAGGAACUAGAACCUGCGGAAGAGGUAGUUGAGGAACUAGAACCUGAGGAAGAGGUAGUUGAGGAACCAGAGCCUGAGGAAGAGGUAGUUGAGGAACCAAAGCCUGAAGAAGAGGUAGUUGAGGAACCAGAACCAGAGGAUGAGGUAGUUGAAGAACCAGAAUAUGAGGAAGAGGUAGUUGAGGGACCAGAGCCUGAGGAAGAGGUAGUUGAGGAACCAAAGCCUGAAGAAGAGGUAGUUGAGGAACCAGAACCAGAGGAUGCGGUAGUUGAAGAACCAGAAUAUGAGGAAGAGGUCAUUGAGGAAACAGAACCUGAGGAAGAGGUAGUUGAGGUCUUGGAACCUGAAGAAGAGGAAGUUGAAGAACCAAUGCCUGAGGAAGAGGAAGUUCAAGAACCGGAGCCUGAGGAAGAGGUAGUUGACGACCCAGGACCCAAGGAAGAGGUAGUUGAGGUCUCGGAACCUGAGGAAGAGGAAGUUGAAGAACCAAUGCCUAAAGAAGAGGAAGUUGAAGAACCGGAGCCUGAGGAAGAGGAAGUUGAAGAUCCAGAACCUGCGGAAGGGGUAGUUGAGGAAACACAGCUUGAGGAAAAUAUUAGUGAGCCACCAGCUGAAGAAAUUAAAAUCAUCCAACCUGUGGAUUCUUUAGAGGACACUCUAUUUGGAGAGGAAACCUGGAAACCUGAUCCUGUUGAAGAGGACAAUAUUGUCCCAAUAGAAGACCAGUCAACUGAGGAGGACAAGGAGGAACUGUUGCCUGAAUACCACGGGUAUGAGGACAGCUAUCCUGAGAAAGCUGUUGAUACUGUGGAAGAAACAGAUGACACAGCAGAGGUCAGUGAAGUGGAAGUGGCUCCAUUGCCAGAGGAGAGUGAAGAGAAGAUAGCAAUGAUAGCAGAACCCAUCCCUGACUCUACGUCAACACCCCCUGCAGAAUCUGACACUGUGCCUGUGGUAGAUGUAACAGAGUCACCUUCAGAGUUAGAGCUGAUGGUGGAGGAUACUGAGGAGCCUGAGGUGGUUGUUAUCGAUGAAGAGGCUGAAGAGGAGGUCGUAGAGGACUCAGAACCUGAGGACGAGCGUGUGCAAGACCUUGCAGACGAACUUGAUCAAAUGGACCUGGUAAGCACAGAGCCCGUUAACCUUCCAGAGGCCAGUGGAUACUCAUUGGCUCCUGAGGAGCACCCCGUCGAGACCACAGCUUCUCCACCACUGAGAUACCUGACCACUCCCUCCAUGACCACGGCGAGUAAAGGCAGGGAGCUGGUGGUGUUCUUCAGUCUACGGGUUACUAACAUGAGGUUCUCAGAUGACCUCUUCAACAAGAGCUCUUCAGAAUACAGAUCCCUGGAGAACACCUUUUUGGAGCUGCUGCUGCCUUACCUGCAGUCCAAUCUAACAGGAUUCAAGAAGCUAGAGAUUCUUAACUUCAGGAAUGGCAGCAUUGUGGUCAACAGCAAGAUGAAGUUCACCAAGUCAGUGCCAUACAACGUGACCCAGGCCGUCCACUGUGUCCUGGAAGACUUCUGCAACGCUGCAGCCAUGAGACUCAACAUUGAGAUUGACAGUCACUCUCUGGACAUAGAGCCUGCUGAUCAAGCAGAUCCCUGUAAGUUCUUGGCGUGCAACGACUUCUCUCACUGUGUGGUGAAUCGGUGGUCACGGGAGGCCGAAUGUCUCUGUGACCCGGGGUACAUGGCUAUGGACGGCCUGCCCUGUCAGAGUAUCUGUGUCCUGCAGCCGGACUACUGCCAGAACGGGGGCCGUUGUGAGAUAGUACCAAGGCAUGGAGCCACUUGCAGAUACCCAGAAAUGUAUACGUCUUCCAGGCCUGACAAAUUAAGAACAUCGAGUGUUGAAUGACAACCCUCCGUAUUGAGACUUGGCAACUGCCGAAGAGACACAGGAAUGUUAAUAAACGAUAGCUAAUCGCAGAUGCAGAUCACGGACAAUGUUGUGAUUGCAGAAAGACAUUGACCUGUUGGCUACUGAUGGACAGACAGGCACUCAGCCAGACAACCCCUUCAUUUGACCUUUCCAAAGCCUGCGUUUCACCAGAAAGGAUACUCCCAUUUUCUGUCAAACAGACAUUCAGGCGAACUCUGGACAGCCGUACUCGGUCAUUGUCAUCAGUGAACAAAUGACUCGGGAACGACAGAUGAAUGUCAAACGGAUGUGAUCAUUUUGCAAUGGCAUCCCAGGACAGCUAACUGCUUUUAUACAUAUGUGCUGACAUUUAUUUUAGUAGUGAGUGUUAAUGUAAAAUGCCAGACGAAAAGUUACAAGAAAUGUUUUCCUCAUAAUGAGGUACUUAUGUUGCAACGUUGUAUAGUGAAUAACACGUACUGUACACCUGUGUGGGUGAUGUUAAUUAUACAUCUGUCUCUGUAAUAAUGUAAUGGUGUUUCCUCAGUGUUGUAAAACUACUGUUCUGUACACGUCGGGGAAAUGAAUUGCUCACCAUCUUCAAUGGGGCUUUUAAAAAACUAUUUCCUCACAGAACUCUAUUUGUGUUGCUGUAGCAUUGAGUAACAGAACGUAAAACACGAGGAGCAAUAUCAGUUGAGUGAUAGAAUGCGUUUAUUUCAACAGUUAGAGAUCAGCAUUAGAAAAAGUGACAGUGAAAAGGCAGUAUUUGAGGAAUGAUUGUAACGCGUGGAGAGACACAGAGCAUAUCGAAGCCAGUCAGUAAUUGGUUGUACAUUACAAGAGAUAUUCCAGGAGACCACACAGUACGUACAGUAGUAUACUCUGGUGGUCAAGUCAUAAAUAAAUACUUAGAUCUAAACUGAAGACAUGCCUCAGACACGCGCAUGAGUGGAUAGAUCUCAUGCAUUCAAACAACCACGACGUCGCCUUUUCGCUUGUGCAGAGCGUCAAAGGGAAUGAGAAGAAGCGCUAGAAAACAAACCCCAGACUAACAAUCAGCCUUACCUGAAGAGAGUAGUUCUAGUCUCACAAGAGAUUGUCUCUAAAACACACAGUACUGUACAUGACAAAGGCUGUCCUUCUCCUUGUAGCUUUGUUGAGGAAUUAUUGCUUCAUUUUAAAGUACUUAUUUUUUUCAAGAAACAUGAGUCAUGCGCCCAAACCCUUUGAUUUUAGAGUAGAAAGAUUUCUUUUGAAAAUAAAUGUGUACAUUCCUGUAGAAACAUUACUCUCUUUGUAUCAUAAAAUAUCCUGUACGUAAGUGUCUAUUGAAAUAUGAGAUGAUAUAUCCAGGAGAGGGAAGACUAGCUGAAUACUGUAUCUGAGCUUGAGGUCUUCUUGACCCUUCCUACUUCAUUUCUCCAUUCAGUUCUGCUCCCAUACACACAUUUGGUCCAACAGUAUGACUUGAAAGCUAUUUGAAAUCCUAGAGUAUCUGAAGAUUUGUAUGGUUCACUUCUGGUAAUCCACAUCAUAAAUUAAAUUUGAUUAGCACAUUAUUUUUCCUCUUAAGACAAUAUUUGGAAUAUCAUAGCCUUGUGUGGACAACAUAAAACAAUGCAUUUAAAUUUCAACCAUGUGGCUUUAGGAAUGAAUGGUUGGGGAAUGUGAAAAUGAAAACAUCUUUCUUUAGCUUUCUUCCGUUCUUUCUCUCAUUAGCAUACCUAAAUCACACAUA